AUGACUACUACUCAGAAAGCACUUGUUCUGGUCGAGGUCGGGAAACCCUUGACUUUAAUGUCGGUGCCGAUUCCCGAGCCAGAGGAGAAUGAAAUUUUGAUCAAACUCACCGCUACAGGCUUGAACGCCCUGGACCAAAAGCUGCGCGACUACAAUGUUCUGAACAUCGAUAUUCCCGCGAUUCUGGGUCUCGAUCUCGUCGGCACAGUGGUUAAGAACGGCCCUGGCAACACUGCAUCCUUUCCCAUUGGAAGCCACGUCUUCUCCCAGUACUCAAACAUGUCAUGUGCCGGCCUCCAGGAAUACUCACUCAUCAAAGCGCCGUACACUGCACUCGUCCCCCCCGGAAUAUCUGACGAAGACGCUGCCUUCCCCAUCAACGCCUUCACCUCAACGGUCUGCCUCUUCCACCCGGAAAUCGGGUUUGGCUUCCCAUUCCCCGGUACACCAGAAGCAGCGACAUUCGACUACAGCGCGCAGACGAUAGUGAUUAUCGGGGGCGGCACGAACUGCGGAAAACUCGGUAUACAAAUGGCGCGCAUAGCUGGCAUCGGCACCAUCAUCACGACGGCGUCGCUGGCUGGUGGAGCCGAAGCAGAGCUGAAGGCCUUCGGAGCCACGCAUGUGAUCUCGCGCCACGCGCCAGCUGCAGAGAUCGAGAAGCAGGUCCGCAGUAUCGUGGGCGACGAGCUGGUGCACGUCUACGACACGUUCCACCUCGACGAUCACAGUCUGGCCGUGUCGCUGCUCUCGAACUCCAAGCAGGGCACCUACACGAGCCUCUUACCGGGAGCGCCUAGCGCGGCCGUCGCAGCGCAGAAGAAGGCUGGGUAUAAGGGCUUUCACCUCACUGGAUCAUCUGCAGCGUCGCCGGACCUGGCGGUGUUGUUCUGGAAGCUGUUUCCGCUGUGGUUGCAGAGUGGGGAGGUUAAGCCGUCCAAGUAUAGCGUUAUUGAGGGGCUGGAUGCUGAGAUGGUGAAUAAGGCGCUGGACGGGUACAAGGAUUUGGCUACGGGUAAGAGGUAUCAUGUGCGCUUCUGA